AUGAGCCCACUAAAAAGGUGUUUGGGUAGCGACAGAAAAAAAGAAGUUAAACGACUUUCUAAUAAUAGUGGAGCGGAAGAAAAUAUUGAAUUUCAAGAAUGGUUGAAUAAAACAUGUCUGAGUGUGGAAGAUAAAGAAAAAGUAAAAGAAAUUAUCAUUGAUGAAAACAAUCCUCUUGAAGAAAUAGACGGUGGAAAGCUAGAUUUACGCGAAUAUCCUAAUUUAGAAACAUUGAUAAUUGACGGAGAAGAGUUAAAAAGUAAAUUGAUUUCUUUAAACGUAAGUAAAUGCCUAAACUUAAAAAGAGUUUAUUGUUAUGGUAAUCAACUGACCAAACUCGAUUUAACUAACCUACCGAAACUAGAAGAACUUAUUUGUAGUGACAAUAGACUCACUAGCCUUGAUUUAACUAAUUUGAAUCGAUUGAAAUUACUUCUUUGCCGCGAUAAUCAAUUGACUAAAAUAAAUUACCCUUUGAACCCAAAAAAGUUAACUGAAUUGAGCAUAAGAAACAAUAAUUUGGUUGAACACGAUCUAUCGAUUUUUAGUAGAUUCAUUAAUUUGGAAAAGUUAUUCAUUGGUAAUGAUUAUAAAGAAAAUAUUGAAAAAGGUGAGUACAAUCGUUUCUUUGGUAGUUUAAAGCCACUGCAGAAUCUAACCAAAUUGAAGUUGCUUCAUAUCAACAACACUUAUGUCGACACCGACCUAGAAAAUUUGCCCGAAAAUAUCAGAGAAAUCUACUGCCAAACUUGUCUGGAUGAUAAUCAAUUGGCUAAAUUGCAACUUGAAAGUGAAACCAAGAUUCACGCUUUACCUCACAAUUACGACGAGAAUGAGAAGAAAAUGACUUCAGUUAUCAAGAAACUAAGCAACCAAAAAUAUCCCAAAGAAAAAAGAAAUAAAGUUAGAGAAAUUUACCUCAAUGAACCCGGUUUAGAGGGUGAAUUGGACUUAAGCGACUUUACUUAUGAUGGAUACGGAGACAUAAAAGUAUAUAUUUCCACUUGUGUGGACGAAGCUAAGUUAAUUAUAAAAACUCAGCUGGAAAAGGUUAAAAUUAUGAAACUAGUUCAGGCUCAAAAGUACAUCUGUAAACAAUAUCCAACUACAGAAGCUAGAGAAAACACAACAAAAUUAGGCAUUAGUUCGGAAAAUCUUGAAGGAGAAUUAGACCUCUCGGACUUUGUCAAUCUAAGAUCACUGAACUGCUCUUAUAACAAACUAACUUCUCUAAACAUUAAUAAUUGUUCGCAGUUGGAAUCAAUUUGGUGUACUGGUAACCAACUAAUCAAUCUGGAAAUUAGUAGUUGUCCUAAUUUAACGUUAAUUGAUUGUUCAGAAAACCAGUUAGUUGGUUUAGAUUUUAGUCAGAAUAACUCAUUAAGUGAAAUACACUGUCACGGAAACUUGCUUGAAGAAAUUACUUUACCUUCUAUUAAGGACAAACUUAUAAUACUAAUUCUAAAUGUUAAGGAAAAAAUCAACCAAGGUAUUUAUAAUCGUUGGUAUGGUUCUUUAAUGUUUUUGAAAAAUAUAGCCAAGUUAAAAGAAUUGGAAAUUAUUGACACUGAUAUCGAUUCUGGUUUGGAGCAUUUGCCUGCCAACUUAGAAAAAAUUUAUUGUAAGUGGAGGGAUGAUGGCAAUCUAUUUUCGAAAUUUGCAGAAGAGGCAACCCAAAAAUGGAUAGAAUUAGGAUUCACUAAAGAUGCUUGCGAAGAGUGGUUAAAAGUCGGGAUGAAAGUUGACGAUAGUGAUUAUUGUGCUUGGUUAAGAGAUGUUAAAAAAAUUGAUGCAAAGGAAAUGAUGGAUUACGAUAAUAAUGAACAAUUAGAAAAAGAAUUUAAGGAGCAUCUAAAGACAUUAGAAACUAAAGAAAAAGAAUUAGAAAACUUAAAGUCAGAGUUGCAAUUAUUAGGGGGAAAAAUGGUUAAUUGGAGUAAAAAAAGAAAAAUAAAAGAAAGUAUAGAUAAUUUAACUAAUGAAAUAAAUAUUACAAAAGGUUUAAAGCUUAGUGGGAAA